GCUACGCAUGCGCAUUGAGUAAUUGUACUUGUUCCCACCGGAAGUUUUAUCCCAAGGUCGAGACGAAAUGCAAAAUGGAGGAAAAUAAUACAACCUUCAGAAGAUCCAACAGUAGGCUGUCUAUGCUGGACAAGUCCUUAGAAAGACGGAGAGUCAACAAAGAACAUAACAGUAACUUUAGAGCUGGUUAUGUGGCUGUCCAUGAAGAGCACCUUCAUAAGACGGGCCUAAGAGGGCGCAAACGUUUUCUUGCCUAUUUCCUACUCUUCCUGAUUUAUGCUGUAGCAGUAGCAAAUCUAGUGUUGACAGUUCUGAUAGUGUUAGCCCUGCGUAUAGACCAGAAUGGAUCGGAUGUGAUGGAGUUUCUAGGAGAGGGUGGUGUGAAAUAUAAGACCGAAGUCAAAGCUGAAAUGGUUUUAUCAGAUACAGGAGAGUUUGGUGGUUACAAAGGACAAGAUCUUGAGAUUCAUGGUGAUGGUCAACCGGUUAUUUUACAACACAUGAUUGGACAUGGAUCUUCUGUUGAAUUUAAUGGUGAAAACACAACCUUGAGAUCACAGGAAGGACUCCAUGUCAUUGACCCACUGACAGGGAACACUAUCCUACACACAGCUAAUGAUAGCGGUAUACCAUCACCUACUGGCAUGAAACAACUCAAUACAACACAGGUUGUCACAACAAAGGUGGUCCCCAAUAUUGUUGAUGACCUCAGGAUUACGACUGACCAAGUAUUGACCAUACAAGGUAACGAAGGAUUGACCAUUGGUGCUGAAGCUAUUGAGAUGUCUGGAUCUAGUAUCUUCUUAAAUGCUCUGAACACCCUAUCCUUGGAGGGCGGUCCAGGAGGAGGGGUUUAUAUCAACACCACCAGUUUACCGAGGAAAAGUACUGCUAGUACCCAUAGUACAGGCAUGGGACUUACCCUCUGUGUGUGUGGUGGUACCGGUAGAGUGUUCCAAGUGACGGCGCCACCAGGCCUCUCUCAUCCAUGUGGCAAACUCAGGACCAAUCCAUGCUUGUAGUAUCAAUCUAUGUUACCUGUAUUUAUUAGCUAUUCUGCAGCUUAUUUUCACAAUGAUUGUCUAUUUGAUAGGGUAGCUCCUUUCUUGCCAUACUUUAAAUUAGGAAAUUUUUCACAUUUAGGGUACACAAGGUAGCCAAGAUUAUUGCACUUUUGUUGACAAUCCAUUUUCUGGUUGACCACUUUAAUGUUUACAGUGCUAUGCUCAUGUAUUUCAUUGAAUUGACAAUCUCUGUGAAUUAAUAUAUUUGCAGCUUACUAACCUUAUUGAUACAAGUAGAAUGCAGGGAAGACAAAGGAUGCAGGGGGUUUCACUAUUCUACCAUAUCUUGUUUUGGCAACAGAUGGUUCUGCCCUUUCUGGUGGUGCAGCCUGUGUCACAGGUGUAUCACCAUCAGUGUCAUUGUUAAUAUCUAGUUCGCAGCCACAAUAUUGCAACAAGAUCUUUCCUAUUUAGGCAAUAACUUUGACCAUUUCUGCUGUGUACUAUUUAUGAUUUACAUGUAGCUUUCUGGUUUGUGAGGGUUUUUUAUCUUGCUGAUUGAAAAGAUAUUUGCCAAGAUCAAACUGUUUAUUAGCUGGACUGGAUGCAGUAGACAUAGACUUGAUCUGUCCAGUUUUGCUUGACAAGCUACUUGUGGUGGCACUGCCCUUCACUUUGGUUUUUUAAGGCUUCUUUGGAUUUUUCAUCUCAGAAGCUGAAGGUUACGCUUUCCUUUUCUUGCUUGACUUUGGAAAAAUUCCAUCAAGGGUUCGCAAUACUGAAUGAGCAUUUGAAGAGCUGUUCCAAGAGUGAGCCACCUGGGGGGAAAACUAAUGAAAAAUUACCCCCCCCCCCCACAACAAUUCUUGAUAAGCUAUUCCAACAAAUUUGGAAUAUAUACUAAAUAAAGGGGGAAAAUAAAAUUUAUACAUGACAAAAAUGAUCCCUUGUUUGGCUCUUAAAAAUUGUUUUCGGCAGCAAAAUCUACAAAUCCUCAAAUUUGCAACAUUAAAAAAAUUGAAGAUCACUAUUCUAGGCACAAGUGUUUACAUCUUUAAAGGACUGGCUUCACAUCCUGAGCCAUGACAAAGAACUCCAAUCAGUGUAGCCAUCCUUUAAACUCUCCAAGUAAGGUGCAUUCUCCUGCUGGGUCCGUCCAUUGCUUAGAGUAGCAGGAAAUCCUCAUCCCGGGGGCUGUUUCAUAAAGCUGUUUGUAAGUUAAGAGCGACUUUAAGAACGACUGGUGAACCUUUCUUACGCACUAAAUAAUCACCAAUGAACAUUAAUGGUGAAUACCAUAAGAAAGGAUUACUAUUUGUUCUUAAAGUAGCUCCUAACUUACGAACAGCUUUAUGAAACGCCCGCCUGGACUCAAUCAAUUUUGCAUGGUUGAGCUUUUGAAAGUAUAGACAUAGGGAGCCCAUUAUAUUGAGCUCCACUAUCAAGCAUCAGUUUUACGGGUUUCUCUUCUAUGUCGAGAGUCACCACCAUAACUUUGCCCUAUCUCUCUGUGCUCUGGCCUGGAUAAUAUCAACAAACAGCUCAUCUCCUCUGCUUAUCUGCUCAACAUCAUGUACUUUAUCUACAUGUGACUCCAUAUGAAUGGCCACUUUGCAAACAUUGUCAAAAUGGUUCAUUUUACCAAUGCACAUUUGUGACACUCCUUUCCAGAUGCUGGACAUUAAUUGUCCACGACUUUUCCACAUCUGUUGCAAUAUUUUUUGUGUUUUUAUGUCCAUUUCUUCUCCUGGGUCUGUGAAGCCAACUUGGGCUUUACAACUUGGUGACUUGUAUCUGUCUCACUUUUGCAGCACGGCAUAUGUCAAUAGCUCUUUGAAGUGUCAAAACCUUCUCUAUAAGAAGUUGAGCCCUAUUGCAUGAAAUUUAAUUCGGACAAGAAUUCUAUCCUUAAUGAGAGCGUCAUUAAGCGAUUCAAAGGCAUAUGUCUUUGCUUUUGUUUUCAAAUCUGUUACAAACUGAUCCAUUGAUUCGUCUGCUUGUUGAAACAAGUGUUGAAGACAGUGUCUCUCAAAAGUCACAUUCAUUUGCGGCUCGAAAUGCUCUUUUGUAAGAGCGAAUUCGCAUCCUCCCUUCUAGUAAGGCCAUCUUCCGUAGUUUCCCCAACAUUUUCAAAGGUAAAUGUAUUGAAACUUUCAUCAUUUAUCAUCAGUAGGAGAUUUUUUAGAAGAAUAUUUUUAAACAAUGGGAUUCUAUCUUUCUUCUUUCUUUUGGGCAAAUCUGGUUAUACUAUUGCCAAGUGAGAAAAUAUGACUUGGGACCAGAGAAACAAUUUUUUUUUGCAUCCCUAUCACGAUGUAAUUGAUUUAUGAUUUUGACUUUAUUCUUGUAUGUAGCUAUAAACAUUUGCUCAUUUUCUUAAAUAUCUUAUUCAUUAUUAUUCAGAUGAAUGUACACUCUUUGAAAGUUUCAUAGAGUAUUACAUGAGAAAAUAUGAUAUAUUUAUAAAAGAAAUUUUGAAAAGUUCUUGCAGACUGAUUGUGCCAAAUGUGAGAAAGUAUAAGCUAUAGUAUUACUGUUGCUUGAAAGUUUAUGUAUUCAUGAUUAUGUAUUCAUACUUUCAUAUUUUUGGGUUUUGUUUUCAAUUGGUAUCACAUGUACAUUAUGCAUGCCAUUCAGGACUCAAGUAUUUUUUAAACUGAUUUGUGUAUUCAAGAUAUCAUUACGCUGAUUUACAUGUGAAUCAUAUAAAUUUUAGAUUUGCAGCACUUAUUUUUUUCAUCAAAAUUGUUUUUUAAAUACCCAUGCAUUUUGUAACUAAUCAGUACUGGUACUAAACUUACACCUGAAAAAUACCCUCAUAAUAACAUAAUGAUGACCUCAUUAAUAAUUCUUCAAGAGAAAUAAAUGUGUCGGUAUAUAAUAUUAUUGCUUUUGAUACACUUCUAAAAUAUGUCUUUUGUACUUUUAAAUGCUAAUAUUAGAAAAGUAUGUUGUUGUUGUUGUUUUAGCUUAUACGGCACGUAUCAUUCAGCAGUGAAUAUUUGUGCCAAGUAGAAAUAUUGAAUUCAGACAAUAUGUUAAGAUUACAAAAGCAGCUUAAACUUCCUUCCUAAAUCAUUAAGUGUAAUAGAAUGAGAAUAUCGUAAGCACACAUUUCCCAUAUGUAGAGUAUAUUGAUAAUUGCAAAAGAUUCCGUGUGUGUACACUAAAAGACAAAUAAGUAUGUUUUUAAUCUCCUUUGUCAAUUUGAGCCAUUACGUAUCUAUGUAUUCUUUCAAUUUCUUGGUUGUAAGUUUACAUGCUUUAGUUGACCCUAUGUGUUAAAUACAUUUAUUCAUUCUUUAAAAACAAAUCAAUAACAGCUGUGUUUGAGGCUUAUUAAUGAUGCUCAUUUGAACCUUGGAUAUUUGGAUACAAUGCAUUCAUCUAUUGAUUUACAAGCCAAUAUGUUAGACAAUAAGCUAUUCACCUUGUACAGAAGCAGAUGAGGGUUAUAUAUUCAAGUAACCUAAUUCGGCAUUUCACAAUACUAGCGCCAUCAAUGUUCAUUAUCAUGACAGACCUAAUUAUCCACUUGCAGGUUCAGCAACUUUUCCAAGAACAGCUGCGAUUGAGAAUGGAUAGUUUGAAUUAAUAUCAAGAGAACAAGGAAUCCCAUCGCAGGGAAGAAUGUAGAUUAAUCUGAUGAAAUAACAGUUGCAAAAGUGUAGUGUUAAAUGGUAUGUAUUCACUUAAAUUAGGAAAAAAAUAAUAAUGUAGUGAUGUCACAAUAUGGGCAAAAAGAUUGUGAAAUGCGCAAAAUUGUGUCAGGCAUUCACAUAUCGUAAGGGCAUUUCUAUUCGAACCUUGGACAAGUUAUCUGUCUUUGUGCAGGAGUUUUUAUCAAUUUAUAGGCACAUCAUACUAGACAUUUCACCUUGUAUGUUUUGUACUAAAAAUAAUGUUAUUAUGCUGUACAAAGUCUUAAUUUCCAAGCUGCUUAAUGUUGUACAUGUAGUUAUUUAUUGUAGCAUAUUUAUUUAUUUGGUUGAAACUUUUACAUCUUGAUGCUGUGCAAUAUGUUAGACAUUGAUUGUAUUCUGUAUUGCUUUUAGCAUAAUAAAAUGUUUAAAAAUGCA